AGAGUCUGAACAAACUAUGAACAACUCCAUUUAUUAUGGAGUGGAUGCCCAAUGCGUGAUCCACUACUACAUGGUCCAACUUUUUUUUUGACGACUGACGCAUGUGCAAGAGUGAUAUUGAGACAUCCCAAGAGUACAAUAUUCAACUCACCAGGCACAGACAGACCAUAAAAAAUUGCCCCGCGCCGCCGAUAUCGACAACGUACGUCAAUUUCCAUUGUACACCUUGCUCACUUUGCAUUGUACAACAUCGCCGCGAUUGAUCGACCCAUUGGUGAGAUCUCACUAAGCUCUCAAUAGAAGCAUCCCUCCCAAGACCCUUUCCGAUCUUUAUACCAUCACAUACACACAUCAUGCCUGGUGUUGAUCUGGCCCCGCUCGUGGCCGACGAUACUCGAAUCCUCGGCCAGGAUCCCCUCAUCCCCCCUGCCCUUCUCAGCUCAGAGAUUCCUCUGCCCGAGAAUGCUCUCCAGACUGUCGUCAAGGGCCGCGUCGAAGCCGCUGAGAUUGUCACCGGCAGUAGUGACCGCCUUCUGGUGGUAGUCGGGCCAUGCUCCAUCCACGACCCAGCCGCCGCUCUCGAGUACGCUGCCCGUCUCAAGGAGCUGUCCGACAAGCUGUCCAACGACCUGUGCAUCAUCAUGCGGGCCUACCUCGAGAAGCCUCGCACCACCGUCGGCUGGAAGGGUCUCAUCAACGACCCCGACAUUGACGAGUCCUUCCAGAUCAACAAGGGCCUCCGUGUCUCGCGCAAAAUGUUCGUGGACCUCACCUCGAGCGGCAUGCCCAUUGCUAGCGAGAUGCUCGACACCAUCUCCCCCCAGUUCCUCGCCGACUGCAUCUCCGUGGGUGCCAUUGGUGCCCGGACGACCGAGUCCCAGCUCCACCGCGAGCUGGCCUCUGGCCUCUCCUUCCCCGUGGGCUUCAAGAACGGCACCGACGGCAACCUUGGCGUGGCCAUUGACGCCAUCGGCUCGGCCGCCGCGAAGCAUCAUUUCAUGGGUGUCACCAAGCAAGGCCUGGCGGCCAUCACCCGCACGAGCGGCAACGAGCACGGCUUCGUCAUCCUGCGCGGCGGAAGCAAGGGGCCCAAUUACGACAAGGAGAGCGUGCAGGCCGCCAAGCAGACCCUGACGGACAAGAAGCAGAAGCAGGCCAUUAUGGUCGACUGCUCGCACGGCAACUCGCAGAAGAACCACAACAACCAGCCCAAGGUCGCCAAGGCCAUCGCCGAGCAGCUGCGCGAGGGAGAAAAGUCGAUCAUUGGCGUCAUGAUCGAGUCCAACAUCAACGAGGGCAACCAAAAGGUGCCCGCAGAGGGCCCGGCUGGCCUCAAACAAGGCGUCAGCAUCACCGACGCCUGCAUCAAGUGGGAGGACACUGUCACCGUGUUGGAGGAUCUCGCGGCCGCCGUGCGCGCUCGCCGCUCGGUCAAUGGUUCGUAAAAGGGAAUGUAGCGGGUUUUAUGAGGCGUUCAAAAGAACAUUCGAGACACAAUGUGAUCGUGUAGACAAUAAGAUCUGUUCUUUUCUUUUUCUUCAAUAUCGAGAUGCUCCAUGUCAUGCCAAAUGAAAGCAAAGAUGGAACGUCACCUGCCCGACACGGGUGCGUAGUUGACGUCUUGCCUCGCAAACGACCGCUCUUCUCGCCACGUCCUGGCUUUCCGGAAGAGCGCCCAGCCGAGCAGCCCAACGACACCGAUGAUGAAGCCCCAGACAAUGAUCUUGUCCUUGUUGCUAUCGCGCUGGAAGCACAUGGUCAUGACGUCGUCCUCGGUGGCAUCCUC